AGAGUUUUACCCAGUGUUAUGAAAUCUCCGCCGUCCAUCUCGACAGUACCCAGCCCGAUGAUGCAUGGUGUAGCGGGCGCUUUGGCGAGCACUAUGUCAAUAGUUAUAUUAUACCCGAUCGAUCAAAUACGCACUUUACAGCAAGCAGCAUCAUCGUCUUCCCAGAAUGGUUCAAUACUCCUAUCUCAACUACUAUCCUUAAAGACCUUACCAUCGCUGUAUAAGGGAAUAGGAAGCUCAGUAGAAGCCAUGCUAGUGAGCUACUUUGUUUUCUUCUUUACAUUUGCAUACUUCAGACGAAUGAAGUUGAAAAUUUCUGGUAGGAGUAAACCAAGCCCAGUUGACAAUCUGGUGUCGUCGAUAGGUGCGGGAAUACUCAAUGUAUUAAUAACGAGCCCCCUGUGGGUAUAUGCCACGAAUAAGCGCCUGGGCCUGGGGGCGGCUGAACGCGGAACCUCUUUUGUAUCGUUCCUAAUGAAAACAGAAAAAUGGACAGAUUUGUGGAAAGGUACAGCUGCAUCACUGUGGCUGGUGUGCAAUCCUGUAGUGCACUUUGUUGUUUAUGAAACAGGACGACUAGCAUUGCUGAGUCAGGAGCUUAAUACGGUGAGCAGCUCGAAUGUGGGCGAUGAUACUCCACGAGUGUUGACGGACAGGCAAGCGUUGGUCCUGGGAGGGGCCGCUAAGUUCUGCGCAACUAUGGCUACUUAUCCACUCCAGCUUGUACAAACGAAGUUGCGAGCCCAAGGGUCCUCAGAGACUGGGUCUACUUUGGGAUGCCUCUUGGAUGUGUAUAGACGAAGUGGUGUGAUAGGCUGCUAUUCGGGUCUGCAAGCCAAACUUGCUCAAACUGUAUUAAAUGCAAUGUUGAUGUCUGUAUUAUACGAGAGGAUCCUCAAUCUGGUUCAUCAUAACUCCUCGGUUGUGUCGGCUGCUUUGAAGAGGUACCGAGCAAAACUGGCCGAGUGACCCAUGUUCGGUCCCCGGCGGCCGAAUUUCUAUAUUACAGUUUGAGAAACAAGCUCUAUUCCGUAAUCGGUUUGUUGUGGGCGUAAUUAUAUAACAGUAAUUCGGAGCCGUACCA